AUGUACAACGGCACCAAUUCUCCAGAACGCUCGUUGGAGUUGACCAUGAAAGAUAUCGAGAAGUCUUCCUUCUUGUCGUUCACGGCGCUAGGAUCAACACACGUAUCCACGGUGAUUACCGUGGAGUCAAACGACGACGAAAUGAACGAUCUGCGGUCUGGAGAAAAGUUCAGAGACCGCAGAGGUGAAACCGUCGAAAGAGAAGCAAAAUCUUUGAGAGGCGAAAAGUCCUUGAUUGGAGAGAAUUGGUUUCUGGCCGGAGAAAGAACAAUGCUUGAUUCUUCUUUUUCUGGUGAAGAAGCAACACUCGAACUCUCUUUGUCCAAAUUAGUUCUGGACGUGUGUUCCAAAGUCAAAUGGCUUGGGUUCUCUGAAGGCAGCGCCGCUUUUGGCUCGUCCUUUUCUUCUCUCUUUGGAGUUCCUAAAACUUCGUAUGCUGGUCUCUUGAACGAUCCGUUACUACUUCCGCUGUUGCUGAAGAUAAACUCAUCGUCCUUUGGAGUCUUCAACUCCUUCGGAAGAGACUGUCUUUGGCGAGGAGAUCUAGGAGAUCCCUUACGCGGAGACGAUCCGAACGUGGCAUCUUUAACGAGCUCGCUAACUUCAGGAGACCGUGCAGGAGAGUCUCGCAACAGAACGCGUCUUUCGCUGCGUUCUGGAACGUCGAUGUCCAUAUCCGAAACUGGUUUGACUAAUUGGUCCAAUGUCCGCUGUUGUUUCUGA